AUGACAUGCCUAUCGAUCAAGCAUCUGGGCGUCGUGAACAAGUUAUUGGUACUGCAAAUUAAGAUGGACGAGUCGAAGGGAUACCUCCUGGACCAACAAGUAACUAUCGAGUUGCUUUUAAAAGAGUUCGGACCGGACUCGGCAAACGGAGUAAGGACCCCAACUAGCGACGAGUGCAAUCUUGAAGAUGAAGAUGUUCAAAAAAUUCUACCAGAAAAAAGUGCCAAGAACGACCCAAGCGUAAAUUCUUUCCAGUCAAUGGUGGGGAGUCUGCUAUGGAUUGCAAGGUGUACGCGGCCGGACAUUUGCUUUGCGGUGCACAAGGCAACAAGGCAGACGCACAAGCCAACGACCAAAGAUUGGAAGACCGCAAAGAGGAUCAUGCGCUGCUAG